CUUCAGUCGCGUCUUCGCCGCCAGAGAGGAAACGGCGGGUUCUGCACGCACACACCAGCGAUCGAAAUCGGCGAGCGGCGACGAUGAUCCGUGCGAUUCCCGCGCUGACGUUUGCGUUGGUGUGGCUGGCCGCGGCCGACGGCUUCCGAUCCCGUCGUCCCGAGCUGGAAGUUUCCAGAAUCGUCCACGUGACGGAAGACGCUCCCGCGCUGUCGGUGACGUCGCGGCCGUCCCGCGUGCUGUCGCGGCGCGGCGCCAACGCCACCUUGCCGUGCGCCAUCCGCAGGGACCGAUCGCUGGCGCCCGACGCGAAGAUGAGGAUCAAGUGGACCAAGCUGACCUCCGACUUCCCGACAGAGGUGGACGUUUUCGCCGCCGUCGAUUACCGCGAGAGAAGCUACGGAAGUUUCCACGGCCGCGUGCGCCUGCGAGGCUCCUCCCCCUCGGACGCCUCGCUGGUCAUCGACGACGUCACCCUGGACGAUUACGGCAGGUACAAAUGCGAGGUCAUCGACGGCCUGGAGGACGCCACGGCCCUCGUGUCGCUCGACCUGGAAGGCGUGGUGUUCCCGUACUUUCCCCGCCCGGGUCGCUACAAGCUCAACUUCCGAGACGCCGAGCGGGCCUGCCGGGAGCAGGACGGCGCGCUGGCGUCCCCGGAGCAGUUGCGGCGGGCCUGGCGAGGAGGCCUGAACUGGUGCAACGCCGGCUGGCUGAGCGACGGCUCCGUGCAGUACCCCGUUACCUCCCCCAGGGAGCCCUGCGGCGGCAGGAACGCGGCGGCGGGCUUGCGCAGCUACGGACUGGGCGACAAAGACAAGGACCUCUACGACGUCUUCUGCUUCACGUCGCACUUCAAAGGUGACUUCUACUUCCUGCCGCACGCGUCCAAGCUGACGUUCGCCGAGGCGGCGGCGGCGUGCGUGCGCGACGGCGCCCGCGUGGCCAAAGUGGGCCAAAUGUACGCCGCCUGGAAGCUGGCCGGCUACGACCGCUGCGACGCCGGCUGGCUGGACGACGCCAGCGUCCGCUACCCCGUCGCCAGGCCCCGCCCCCGGUGCAGCCCCGACGGCCCGGCCGUCAGGUCCAACGGCUUCCCCGACCAGAAGCGCAAGUCGUACGGCGUCUACUGCUUCAGGGAGAGACGCUGAGCGCACUCGCACAAAAACCACAACACGGAGCCGCAAACACGCACGAGCAUGAAAACACACAAAUACUACACGGACAAAUAUACACGUCAAAGCAUGCCCAAAAAUCCAAAACACACAGACGCACACCCCCAAAAAACCCACACAGUCAGACGAGACAAAAACACACACCCACAAAACAGACACGCGCGCGCGCACACAUUGAAACUGCGAGGCCUCGUCGACAAAAAGCGAGCAAGGUCGUCGAGGUCAUUUCAUGAAGAGGACGCUUGGAGGUGGGGUCGCGGGGUCGCGCCUGUGGGCUCGCGACGGGGCUUCACGGCGACGCUGGUUCUGGACUCCUACUUUUGGGCACUUCUCUUGUUUCACUCCAAGGAUCCAUUCUUUCUUUUUUGUUGUUGUUUUCGUCACGGAAGGUGCUGUGGCAUCAUCGUGUCGAGAUUGUAUCAGAACAUUUUUUUAAAAAUUUAAACCUAUAGAAUGUAGAAUUUUUUUUUUGUGUUUGAAAGAAAUAAUUGUGCUUGUCACGAAGCGUCCAAUCAAUGAGAAGAAAUGUCAAAGGUCAGGCUUUCUUAUGAAUAAUGAAUGAAGACACAACUGGGACUCGAGUCUGUCCACUCUGGAAUUUUGUCUUCCACUAAGCUAAGAUCAAUUAAGUUAAGUUAAAAUAAGAUCAGCGGCGCUCACAAAGACGAAGGCACAAAGGUCACCGAAGACGGUAAUUGGACAGCUGCCGUCAUUUCUCGUGUAUAAUGCGCACCCCCAAAGUUGACCUCCAAAUGUGGAGGUCAACUUUCAAAAUCUUUUCAUUUUUACAAUGCACGAUUUUGCUUCGACCCCUAUGAUCAAAAUAUGAAGUAUGAUCUGUAUUCAGUUUUCACUGGUGGCACUUCUUUGUAAGGGGGGGCUUGUAACGCUUUGCCCUCUGGUCGCUUUGUCGUCUGACGGUGAGCGUGUCUCAAAUAUUACCACCACGACUACGAUCACCACCAUAGUCCUACUAAAGUGCGGUGCCUGAAAGAAUGACUCAAUUAAAUGUUCCAACUGUGCAUAAUGUUA